CCCGCUGCCGAGGCUUUAAUUAAACGCAGCGACGGAGUGAAGGACGCAAAGCUCCCGGGGAGGUGGUGGCUGAACCCCCACGCCAGUUGAGAGAGAUUUUUAAGUCAGACUGUAAUUAAACCUGUGUGUGUGUGUGCUCGAGGGAGUUUCUCGUUUGUAUUUAAUUGUUGUAAGUGUGCGGUUUGGAUCGUCUCCUGGACCGACGGGUCACACCAGGACACGAGGCAUGUGUAAGGAUGAGCUGGCUGGCCAAGCGCUGGACCAUGUGAGUGCCGAGAGCGGGCCGAACGACUUCCUGUCAGAGCGAGAGAGCGGGCGGAGGAGAGGAGAGGAGGAGCGUGAGCAGGAGGAGGAGGAGGAGGUGGGCGGAGGAAUGGGCGUGGGGAAGAACUCCACCUGCAAAUCCAUGGACUCCAACACAGAGCCCAGCAAAUAUGAGGAGGAGAGCAAGCACAGCGCCAACUUCUACCCCAUCCCCGUGGUGGUUAAUGGAGUGUCCCCGACCCCUGGAGACCAGGACAGGGAGGACACUGAGCUCAUGGCCAUCUACACUAAAGAGGGACAAGCAGCUGAUAAAAGCUCCUUAUCUGAUACGGUGGACAGCACAGACAGUACAGACGCCAGGAGAAUGGACAUGAUCUACACCAUAGAAGACACUCCACCCUGGUAUCUGUGCAUCUUCCUGGGUUUACAGCACUACCUGACGUGCUUCAGCGGGACGAUCGCUGUGCCCUUCCUGCUGGCGGAGGCCAUGUGUGUGGGGUUCGACCAGUGGGCUACAAGCCAGCUCAUCGGCACCAUCUUCUUCUGUGUGGGCAUCACCACCCUGCUCCAGACCACCAUCGGCUGCCGCCUUCCCUUAUUCCAGGCUAGUGCUUUUGCAUUCCUCGCUCCAGCCAGAGCCAUACUUUCCUUAGACAAAUGGAAGUGUAACGCAACAGAUAUUCCUCUGAUGAACAGCACUGAGCUCAUGCACACAGAGCACAUCUGGUACCCCAGGAUAAGAGAGAUUCAGGGAGCUAUAAUCGUGUCCUCCCUGGUCGAGGUAUGUGUGGGAGCGCUGGGGCUCCCCGGGUUGUUGUUGAAGUACAUCGGGCCGCUCACCAUCACUCCCACCGUGGCCCUGAUCGGCCUCUCGGGCUUCCAGGCUGCGGGGGAGCGCGCGGGCAAACACUGGGGCAUCGCCAUGCUGACGAUCUUUCUGGUGCUGCUGUUUUCUCAGUACGCCCGCAACGUGCAGCUGCCGCUUCCCAUCUACAAAGCCAAGAAAGGCUGGACCUCAUACCGCCUCCAGCUCUUCAAGAUGUUCCCUAUCAUCAUGGCGAUCCUGGUCUCCUGGUUCCUGUGCUUUAUCUUCACGGUGACAGACGUGUUUCCUCCACAGAGGGAUCAGUACGGAUUUUACGCCCGCACAGACGCCAGGCAGGGCAUCCUGGCAGUCGCUCCCUGGUUUAAAGUUCCCUACCCAUUUCAGUGGGGGUUUCCGACAGUUACUGCAGCCGGGGUGAUCGGGAUGAUGAGUGCCGUGGUCGCCAGCAUCAUCGAGUCUAUAGGAGAUUAUUACGCCUGUGCGAGGCUGUCCUGCGCCCCGCCUCCUCCUGUGCACGCUAUAAACAGGGGGAUUUUUGUCGAAGGCAUGUCGUGUGUUCUGGACGGUUUGUUCGGGACAGGAAACGGGUCCACGUCCUCCAGUCCGAACAUCGGUAUCCUGGGGAUCACAAAGGUGGGCAGUAGGCGUGUGAUACAGUACGGAGCGGUUCUGAUGCUGCUGCUCGGCACAAUCGGGAAGUUCAGUGCUCUCUUCGCGUCCCUACCGGACCCCGUGCUCGGCGCUCUCUUCUGCACGCUCUUCGGCAUGAUCACAGCCGUGGGUUUGUCCAACCUGCAGUUCAUCGACCUCAACUCCUCACGCAACCUCUUUGUCCUCGGAUUCUCCAUCUUCUUCGGGCUGGUCCUUCCCAGCUACCUCAGGGGAAACCCUCUCGUCACUGGAAUCGCGGAGGUCGACCAGGUGCUGAACGUUCUCCUGACCACAGCCAUGUUCGUCGGCGGUUCUGUAGCUUUCAUUCUGGACAACACUAUCCCUGGCACUCCGGAGGAGCGAGGGGUCCGUAAGCUGAAGCGCGGCUCGUCUUCCGGUGCAUCCGAGGUGAAAGGGAUGCGAUCCUACGACCUGCCGUUUGGCAUGGACUUCCUGCGGCGCCACAGCGCCUUCCAGUACCUACCGAUCAGCCCGACGUUCAGCGGCUACCAGUGGAAAAGACUGGGCGGAGCAUGUCGAGGACGGGGCUGCUCCCGUGGAGGAGAUGAGGGCGGGGCUGUGAGGACGGAGGCAGGAGAAAGCAGAGUGUAGUGCAGAGAGUGUGUUCACGCUGUUAUUAAAGCCCAGUGUGUGUGUGUGUGUGUGAGACAGAGUCGGUUACAGCAUGGAAGACUGGUGGGGUUAGACUAUGUGCUAGUCUAGUUUUCGCACCUGUGAACUUUUUACACACACAUGCACGUUAUUUUGAUCUUUACUAUAAAAACCCUACAGAUGGCGCGACACUACAAAGUGUUUAAAUUUUGGGAAGUCAUGUAAACAUUCCACCAGGGGGCGACAAUCUUAGAACGUGGAAUGGAAACAAAACACACACAUUACAUUCUUCUUCUUUUCUCUCUCUCUCUCUCAGCAAACCUACACUGCACUGAGAAAUGCAGUUUACACGUUUUGCUCGUUUUCAGAUUUAAAACGAAAAAAAUGUAUAUAUCGUGAUUUAUCUGAUUUAUGCAAAGGUUUGCAAGAAACACUUUUUUUUGAAGCAGUUCGUCAAUCUUAUAAUCCUCUAAACGCUCUCAGCUUGUCUCCUGUCCGUGUCUGGUGUACUGAGGUUUCGCUGUCGAUGUGACGUGUUGCCGACUUUUAGUCGUUUUACAGAUUAUUAGUGCCGGUUUAACUUUACAUAGAGUCUCUUAAGACAGGACACGAGCAGCUCCAGUAACGUUUGAUUUGGUCAAAAGAGCAGAAAAUGGCCAGGAGGGUUUUGUUGGAGGCAUGUGAAAGUCAAUACGUGUUUUGGUGUCUUAUGUUUGAUUUCUUUACAACUGCAUGAAAGCUAUGAGACUUUCCCAGAUUUUCUGCUAAAUACCAAGCGUUUAAAGUUUGGAGAAAAGUAUAUGCUAGAACAGACUACAAAAAAAAAAAAAAGUAUGCAAACUUUUUGUAGUUGUCGCUCUUGCCUAAAGAAACACUUGACUUUCAUGGAGUGAACAGAAUUUUCACUUCAUCAGCGCUGUGUUGAAGUCGCGCUACACUGAAACGCAAUCGAUCGUUUUAUAAGAUCUGUUCAUGCCGUCUGUCCAAUGUGUUUAACCAUCAAGAUGUAUAGAACUGAUGAUAAAACUCUUCUCCAUGUCAAAUAGAACAAUAUCGUCCUGCGCGAAUCAGAAUCUUUGACGUGGAACAAUGUUCUUUAUGGUCACCAGAAACGCUCCGUGGUAAAGUUUGUCUACGGAAAUAAAAAAAGUCACAGAAAUAUCUAGAAAAAGUUUUGAGAACUUUUUUUUCCCUCUCAAGGGCGAGACAGACGUCUUCUAGCAUUAGAAGUUAAUAGUUGACAAGCAGACAUCAGACGCCAAACGUGUCUCAGGUGAUGGACCGUGUUUCACAAAGCCAAAAGCGUUUGUCAUGACCUGUCUAAUGCGCUUCUGUUUAAAUAGUGCCACCAUUAGGAGCUUUGAUAUCAACAUCACGAACUGGAGUUUGGUCUUGAUCACUAUAAGCAUUUUUUUUUAAAAUUAUUAUUAUCCUGUCACAUUUGUACAAGCGUCGUUUUUCUCAGCAAAGCAUGAGGCCGAAUCAAACUGUUUGCAAAUUACAAGCGCACUCAAAAAAACACAAUUUAAAAAAAAAGAAAAAAAAAAGUCAAAAACACGUCACUAGAGACGACUGCUUCACUUCUUACUUUUCCUCCAGCGAAUACAGAAGCAUGUUUGGUAUUUACUGUGUUUAUUUCUUUUUGCUAAGCCGAGCGUAGGCGGACAUGAGAAAUUCCACAGAAAAAAAACAGAAUA